AUGAUGGCAUUGCAGUGCACAAUUCCUUUUGAGAUAAUGGCUGAACGGAAGAUAACCAUUUGGUUUUUCGUCUAUCAUCUUAUUACACCCUGUUUUGCCUACUCCCUGGCAGAGGAAGGAAACAAAGGUUUUGGACCUGUUUUUGAGGAGCAACCUAUUGAUACCAUCUAUCCAGAAGAAUCUUCAGAUGGACAAGUUUCAAUGAACUGCAGAGCUCGAGCAGUUCCUUCUCCUACUUACAGGUGGAAACUGAACAACUGGGAUAUUGAUUUAACAAAGGAGCGCUACAGUAUGGUGGGAGGCAGACUUGUUAUCAAUAAUCCAGAGAAAUCAAGGGAUGCUGGAAAAUAUGUCUGUGUAGUAUCAAAUCUCUUUGGAACUGUCAGAAGCAGUGAAGCCACACUGAGUUUUGGAUAUCUGGAUCCCUUUCCACCUGAGGAACGUUAUGAGGUUAAAGUACGAGAAGGUGUUGGAGCAGUGCUUCUUUGUGAGCCCCCUUACCACUACCCAGAUGACCUCAGUUAUCGCUGGCUUCUAAAUGAGUUCCCAGUGUUCAUUGCUUUGGACAAACGACGAUUUGUGUCACAGACGAAUGGCAAUCUCUACAUUGCAAAUGUGGAAGCAUCAGAUAAGGGCAAUUAUUCAUGUUUUGUGUCCAGCCCUUCGAUAACAAAGAGUGUAUUCAGUAAAUUUAUUCCACUUAUUCCACAAUCUGAUCGGGCAAAAGUAUAUCCUGCUGAUAUCAAGGUGAAGUUCAAGGACACGUAUGCUCUCCUGGGGCAAAACGUGACACUGGAGUGUUUUGCUCUUGGAAAUCCGGUUCCUGAACUCAGAUGGAGUAAAUACCUUGAACCCUUGCCAGCCUCUGCUGAGAUAAGCAUGUCUGGUGCAGUUCUUAAAAUCUUCAAUAUUCAGUAUGAAGAUGAAGGGCUUUAUGAGUGUGAAGCUGAAAACUAUAAAGGAAAAGAUAAACAUCAAGCAAGAGUCUAUGUACAAGCUGCUCCUGAGUGGGUAGAACACAUCAAUGACACAGAAAGGGAUAUAGGCAGUGACCUGUACUGGCCUUGUGUAGCUACGGGCAAGCCUAUUCCAACAAUUAGGUGGCUGAAGAAUGGUGCCUCGUUCCGGAAAGGUGAACUAAGAAUGCAAAGUCUGACCUUUGAUGAUGCCGGCAUGUACCAGUGUAUAGCAGAAAAUAUGCACGGAAUUAUUUAUUCAAAUGCUGAACUGAAGAUUGUGGCUUCACCUCCUACUUUUGAACUGAACCCUAUGAAGAAGAAAAUUCUAGCAGCUAAAGGGGGGCGUGUAAUCAUUGAAUGCAAGCCUAAAGCUGCUCCUAAGCCAAAAUUCUCCUGGAGCAAAGGAACAGAAUUGCUUGUAAAUGGGAGCCGCAUACGUAUCUGGGAUGAUGGGAGCCUGGAAAUUAUCAAUGUCACAAAGCUGGAUGAAGGUCGCUACACCUGUUUUGCAGAAAAUAACCGAGGAAAAGCCAAUAGCACUGGUGUUCUAGAAAUGACAGAAGCUACAAGGAUCACUUUAGCUCCAUUGAAUGUUGAUGUCACUGUUGGAGAGAAUGCUACCAUGCAAUGCAUUGCAUCCCAUGAUCCCACAUUAGACCUGACAUUUAUUUGGUCUCUAAAUGGCUUUGUAAUAGAUUUUGAGAAAGAACACGAACAUUAUGAACGGAAUGUUAUGAUUAAAUCCAAUGGUGAGCUGCUGAUUAAAAAUGUCCAGCUGCGGCAUGCAGGCAGAUACAUGUGCACUGCUCAGACCAUUGUGGACAACUCCUCAGCUUCAGCUGACCUUGUGGUAAGAGGUCCUCCAGGCCCCCCUGGAGGUAUAAGAGUAGAAGAAAUUAGAGACACUGCUGUAGCACUUACCUGGAGCCGUGGAACAGACAAUCAUAGUCCUAUUUCUAAAUACACUAUCCAAUCAAAAACCUUUCUAUCUGAAGAGUGGAAAGAUGCCAAAACAGACCCAUCAGAUAUUGAAGGAAAUAUGGAAUCUGCUACAGUGAUCGAUUUAAUUCCAUGGAUGGAAUAUGAAUUCCGGAUAAUAGCAACAAACACUCUGGGGACAGGAGAACCUAGUAUGCCGUCACAGAGGAUUAGAACUGAAGGCGCUCCUCCUAAUGUGGCUCCUUCUGAUGUUGGAGGAGGGGGUGGAAGCAAUCGAGAGCUGACAAUAACAUGGAUGCCUUUGUCAAGAGAAUACCACUAUGGCAAUAAUUUUGGUUAUAUAGUGGCCUUCAAGCCAUUUGGUGAGAAAGAAUGGAGAAGAGUUACAGUUACUAAUCCUGAAAUUGGCCGAUAUGUCCACAAGGAUGAAUCAAUGCCCCCUUCAACUCAGUAUCAAGUAAAAGUGAAAGCUUUUAACAACAAAGGGGAUGGGCCAUUCAGUCUCACUGCUGUAAUUUAUUCAGCACAAGAUGCUCCAACUGAAAUACCUACAGAUGUGAGUGUAAAAGUUUUGUCAUCUUCUGAAAUGUCUGUUUCUUGGCACCAUGUUUCUGAUAAAUCUGUGGAAGGAUAUCAGAUUCGUUACUGGGCUGCUCAUGAUAAAGAAGCAGCUGCACAGCGGGUACAGGUGAGCAAUCAAGAGUAUUCAACCAAACUGGAGAACCUGAAGCCUAACACUCGCUACCAUGUGGAUGUGUCUGCCUUCAAUAGUGCAGGCUAUGGACCUCCCAGCAGCACCAUUGAUGUUGUUACCAGGAAAGCACCUCCAAGCCAACGUCCAAGAAUUAUCAGUUCUGUAAGAUCUGGUUCAAGGUACAUCAUCACCUGGGAUCACGUGAAGGCAAUGUCAAACGAGUCUGCUGUUGAAGGAUACAAAGUACUUUAUAGGCCAGAUGGACAGCAUGAAGGCAAGUUGUUUUCCACUGGAAAGCACACAAUAGAGGUCCCAGUCCCCAGCGACGGUGAAUAUGUGGUUGAGGUGCGAGCACACAGUGAAGGAGGAGAUGGAGAAGUAGCCCAAAUAAAAAUUUCAGGUGCCGCUGUUGGAGUACCAACUCUGCUCCUGGUCCUAGUGGUGCCGCCCUGGGUGUCCUUGCCUGCUCGGGAUUCUGAAUGUAGCUGGAUUCACCUUGUCCUCCACCUAACACAAAGGACUCCCUUUGAAGAUGAGGACACGAUUUCUUUUUGAUUCCUGUGGCACCAUCCUAAGCCAAAUAAAUUACACUUUAAAAAGAAUAACCCUACCAAUUUCCUAUAAACUUUAAGAGGACUGAGGCAUCCAGGAACUCCUUCAUGAAAUAAAUCAACUUUUGAACGGCUAAGAAAUAUUUUUAACUUGUUCCAAUAUGCCUUAUAA